GUGGGUGACUGCUGCAUCCAGGCCCCCGGAGGCGGCCUCCGCGCCUGGGCCCGCCAUGCCGCAGGGCCCUGGGGCCCUGAUGCAGGUGUGGGUGGGCAGCCAGCUCUUCCAGGCCGACCGGGCCCUGCUGGUGGAGCACUGCGGCUUCUUCCGCGGCCUCUUCCGCUCGGGCAUGAGGGAGGCGCGCGCGGCAGAGGUGCGCCUGGGCGCUCUGAGCCCGGACGGCUUCCGCACCACGCUGCGGGUGCUGCGCGGCGAAAGGCCGGCGCUGGCGGCCCCCGACGAGCUGCUGCAAGCCGUGGAGUGCGCCGCCUUCCUGCAGACGCCGGCGCUGGCGCGCUUUCUGGAGCACAGCCUCACGUCGGACAACUGCGCGCUGCUGUGCGACGCCGCCGCCGCCUUCGGCCUGCACGACGUCUUCCUCAGCGCCGCGCUCUUCAUCCGCGACAGCGCCCCCGAGCAAGCGGCCGAGCUGGCGCUGCCCGAGGCUCGCGCCUACGUGGCGGCGCUGCGACCCAGCAGCUACGUGGCCGUCAGCACGCACGCACCGGCGCCCGGCUUCUUGGAGGACGCAUCGCGCACCGUGUGCUACCUGGACGAAGAGGAGAACGCGUGGCGCACGCUGGCUGCGCUGCCCAUGGAGGCCAGCACGCUGCUGGCCGGCGUGGCUACGCUGGGCAACAAGCUCUACAUCGUGGGGGGCGUGCGGGGCCCCAACAAGGAGGUGGUGGAACUGGGCUUCUGCUACGACCCCGAUGGCGGCACGUGGCGCAAGUUCCCCAGCCCCCACCAGCCGCGCUACGACACGGCGCUGGCCGGCUUUGACGGCCACCUCUAUGCCAUCGGGGGCGAGUUCCAGAGGAUGGCCAUGAGCUCCGUGGAGCGCUACGACCCGGCCGCGGGCUGCUGGAGCUUUGCGGCCAACCUGCCGCAGCCAGCUGCCGGCGUGCCCUGCGCCCAAGCCCGCGGCCGCCUCUUCGUGUGUCUGUGGCGGCCAGCCGACACCACGAUCGUGGUGGAGUACACGGUGAGGGCAGACGCGUGGCUGCCCGUGGCCGAGCUGCGGCGCCCGCAGAGCUAUGGCCAUUGCAUGGUGGCCCACCGCGAUAGUCUCUACGUGGUGCGCAACGGACCUAAGGAUGACUUCCUGCACUGCGCCAUCGACUGCCUCAACCUGGCCACCGGCCAGUGGACGGCGCUGCCCGGCCAGUUCGUCAACAGCAAGGGCGCGCUUUUCACGGCCGUGGUGCGCGGCGACACCGUCUAUACGGUCAACCGCGUGUUUACGCUGCUCUAUGCCAUUGAGGGCGGCACCUGGCGUCUGCUCAGGGAGAAGGCCGGCUUCCCACGGCCCGGCUCCUUGCAAACCGUUCUCCUCAGGCUGCCGCCCGGUGCCCAGGGGCAGGUGGCUUCGACGACGCCAGAACUGUGACCCCUGGGCUGGGCUUUAGGAGGGGGAUGCCCAGAGUCUUCUCUGAGCCAUGGCUGAGUCUAUGAGACUGGCCUUAGGAGCUGCUGGGAACUUCUCUCUCCCUGCCCCAGGUGAGACGUUGGGGGCCUUGUGCCUUCUGCCUUCUGGUGGUGUGAACAUGUCCAAGAAUCUCAGGAAGCAACGACUCUGGGAUCUCAACCCUCAAAUUACUUGGGCUGUCUUGAGAGCUGGUUAAUUCUUUCCUCCUAGCCUCCACUCUUGCCAUUUCCUGGACCUGGAAUGCCGUUCUUCUUCCUCUCUCUCUGUUGGCUCUGUGCCUACCUUCUCUGUGCAGGGUUGGCUCUUCCUGACGAUGGCUGCGUGCAUUGCUCAUUGGACCCCUGGCUGACAUCCUUUUCCAUGUGUGUAUGUGCACAUGCGUGCAGCUGUGCACGUAUGCAGAUAGCAAGAGCAGAUCCUUUUGUGAUGUCAGCUGAGCUGGGACACUUUCCCACCUACAGAAAAAAAUUAUGAGGUCCUACAAAAGAACAUGUCUACGCAACAGAAACAGACUCACAGACGUAAAGAACAGACUUGUGGUUGCCAAGGGAGAGGAGGGGUCAGGGAGGGAAGGAUUGGGAGUUUGGGAUUAGUAGAUGCAAACUAUUAUAUAUAUAGGAUGGAUAAACAACAAGGUCCUACUGUAUACCACAGGGAACUAUAUUCCAUAUCCUGUGAUAAACCACAAUGGCAAAGAAUAUAUGUAUAUGUAUGAGUCACUUUGCUGUACAGCAGAAAUUAACACAACGUUGUAAAUCAACUAUACUUCAA